AACACUUGUCAGGUCAGUUCAGUUGUCACUUACCGGUGUAAUGUGAAUGUGUUUGAGAUUAUCAUAUCAUUGAUAAGCUAUUAAAUUUGCGAUUAAUUCUUUUUAAGACUUUGGUGCAUUGAAUAAUACCAUGACCACAGAGAAAAGAAUAGAUAUCACUCAGCCAUUAUGGGAUCAAAGUACUUUUACAGGCAGAUUCAGGCAUUUUGCCUUCAUUUCAAAUCCUUUACUGUCAUUGGUACCUGAAAAAGAACUUCAUCAGGCGAAAGAACUGUAUUUCAAAUACAAGCAAGGCCAAGAGCCAGCUGGUACAACAAUGUCUCAAGUGGUCAGAGCCAAACAGCUAUAUGAAUCAGCCUUCCAUCCGGACAGCGGUGAACUGCAGAAUGUGUUUGGUAGGAUGUCCUUUCAAAUGCCCGGAGGUUGUCUCGUGACUGGUGCCAUGCUGCAGUGGUAUAGAACAGCAACGGCCGUUGUGUUUUGGCAAUGGGUGAACCAGUCCUUCAACGCUCUGGUUAACUAUACGAACCGUAACGCGAACUCGCCGCUGACCACGACACAAAUGGGCGUCGCGUACGUGUCGGCGACGUCGGCCGCCAUGGCCACGGCGUUGACAUUCAAGUUCGUCAUACAGAAACGCGCCACUAAUCCUAUUUUAGCUAGAUUCGUUCCAUUCGUUGCAGUGGCUGCUGCUAACUGGGUCAACAUUCCAUUAAUGAGGCAGAAUGAAAUCAUACUAGGUCUGGAUGUAACGGACGAAAAUGGUAAAAUUAUUGGAAAAUCACAAAUUGCACCCGUUAAAGGAAUAUCUCAAGUUGUGACGUCGAGGAUAAUAAUGUGUGCUCCGGGUAUGUUGCUGCUGCCGGUGAUCAUGGAGAGACUGGAGCCCAAAGCGUGGAUGAAGAGGAUCCGAUGGGCUCACAUCGGUAUACAGACUGGCAUUGUUGGUUUGUUCUUAACAUUCAUGGUUCCAACUGCCUGUGCAAUAUUUCCACAGAAAUGUAAACUCUCCGUGGAUACAAUCAAGCGUUACGAAAAGGAAAAUUACGAGGAAAUUUUAAAGAAUACGGACGGCAAGCCGCCCCAGUAUGUGUAUUUCAAUAAGGGUCUAUAAAUAAUUGUUAUACUAUAAAUAAGAAUCUUAAAAGGAGAUUAAACGACAAUCAUUAGACUAAGCUAGUUUGCGUACAGACGAUAAUUGUUUGAAAUAUUUAAAUAGUCAAUUAUUAUUUAAUGAGUACUACAUAUAUGUAAAUCAAACGACAUUAGCGGUGAUGUAUCAAACUACUAACUAACCGCAACACUAUUCUGUAAGAACUUGCUUCAUUUCUUAUUCGUGAAAUGUUAUAGUAAAUGUCUCUUCACUUUCUGACAUUACACGAUUGUGAUCUGCGGUUUCGAGUUCUUAAAGAAUCUACAGACAAUAAAUUUUAUUAUUUAUAUUAUUGUCAUACUAAAAGCAAUAACUGAUUUGUUAAUCUGUGGAAUUGCUAUCUGUCACUGUCAAUUUUUUUUUUUAAUUAUCUGACAAUACCAAUGGUUGUUCACCACUCAUUUGAGUUGGUACUUCAAUUUCAAUAACAAAGCAAUAGCAUUUAUUUUGUGAGCAUUUAAAUUUAUAUUCAGUUUGUUCUGGAAUAACAAAAACUAUGGAGAAGAGAACGAUACAUUUUGAAUGCGAAAUAUAGAACCUGUGGAUGCUAGCUUAUAUAAUUAUGUAUAUAUGUCGUUAUAAACUAAUGUCAGGCAAUUAAAAAAUAUCGAUAUGGUUGUAGCGGCAGCGGUGAGGGGUUGAAUAACCCAUGAUGAUGAUUGAAACAUGAUGAAGUUUCGAAGGUGUGAAAAAUUAAAGAUGCGUUAAGCUCUCAAUUCAAUAUGUCAUGUUUUAAGCCAAUGACAUGUACAGAAAUAAAGGAGAAGGUGUGCGGGUACAAUAGUUAAAUUAAGCAAUCCGACAAAACCUUGUGUUUGGUAUGAGGUUGAGUAUCUCGACCCGAGAUGUCACUACCCGUUCUAGACUUGAUAGGAAGUAGAACAAUGGUGUUAUUGAGAUCUUGAUUUAUACCAUUGUGUUCUUAAACAUGGUUAUGAGGUUAAAAUGAAAUAAUAAAAGUUAUUAGUUGAUUCUAUAAUCGACAAAACCAACAUAUUUGAAUUUGUCUAUAACCUGAACUGACAUUACCCAAUAAGUGUGAUACUGCCUUAAAAUAUCUUAUUUCAUAUAAUAUCCUCAAAAAAACGACAAUGGGUAUGAAAAACAGUAACUUAUGAUCUAUAUAUAAUUAAUUCUUGGCUUUAAAACUAAGUUCAGUUUGACUAUUCAGAUUUUUUUUUUAAUAUUUUGUUGCCAGGCAAUUUCUCGAUUAUUUAAAUUUUAAUUAGCUUGGAAUAAAUUAGGAUAAAAAUAUAAAAAAUUACGCACACAAUAUCUGAUUUCAUGUCACUGUCCAGACCAUAUUAUGAAAGCAAUUAUUAAUGUAUUUAUAAAUGUUUGUUAAUAAAAGUUUUUAUAUACUUUUUAAUUUAACAGUAUUAUAUAUAACUUUGAAUUUAUAGAAAUGGUUAACUUUGAAUAUAUACUCAAUAAAUUAAUUAAAUUAAGUGUAAUUUACAAGAAAUUGUAAAUUGUCUAUGGGUAUUAUGUAGAUAUCAAUAAUUUUUUCGAAUAACUGAUAUGUACUGAAUUUCUCCAACAAAUAAAUACUCUAACUGGCAUACUGAGCCUUUAUUCAUUUACUUAAGGUGCUUCUUAGUACAGAUUUUACAUCAUCAAUAACACUAUAUGCUUGCUAAAAUUUCUUUUUAAAGUAUUUAUGUAAAUCUCUUUAUAUAUGUCUCUUUAUAUUGUACUAUUUCUGAUUUGUAUGAUAAAGUGUUAAUAACAUUGGCAACAUUAAGUCUAAAUUAAUGUUCUCAACUAAUAUUGUUAAUCGCCUCAGUCACAGUCUCAGAUACGUUAUUUUAGUCAGCGCUAUGUAUUCUAAAACACUAAGAACCGUAAUUGACUUUUUUUUUAUUCACAGAUAAAGAAUUGUAUUUUUUUCAAUGAUUUAUUGCAAGUAAAUGGUGAAUAGGAUAUUUUUAUUUUGGACAGGGAUUAUCGUAAAUUUUAUAUAAUUUCUGAAAUUGUUUUAAUUACAAAUUAAAAAAAAUCUCAUUUUCUUUUGUUGAGCAAAUAUAUAUUAUUUUAAGAUAUUAUACUUAACAAAAAUAAUUUUAGCGUGUGCAGGGAAUGUUGUUUUUUUAAUUUUAGUUUUUUACUGCAUUUUUUAUUUUAUUUAUCGCUUAUUUAGAAUAUGUAACUUGUAAAAUCAUACUUCAUAGGUAAGUUUUUGUCAUUUACAAUGAUUACAUUCCAUAGAUUUCUCGUUGUUUCUAAUUAUACUUAGAAAGGGUAUUGUAAUUAAAUAUAUUUUAUUGCAUUGGGUUUUAUGUAAGCGAAUUUUUGUGUUUUUUUAUUACAAUAAAGACUGGAUUAAUUCAUACAAUAGCCCCCGGGCAACGAUCAUAAUGCUCUCGGGCCUGAGGGUCUCCUUGGCUCCUUGGAGGACUUAUGUAACUUGCUACUUUUAUUAACUUUCACUCAGUUUAAUUGAUAUGCUCUAAUGUAAAAAUCAAUUUCUGUUCCAUUUAGCUUUGUAAUAGUAAUUGCAAGGCCCCUAAGCAAGAUCUAGGGGCCUAUAAUUUUCUUCACUAUUUUUUAUCGCUAACCACUAAUUUUAGGAUUGUUUGCUUAAUAUUUUUAUAACGAUUAUUUUUAAGCUGUAAGUGAUUGUAUCAAACUUUUUAUUUUUAAUAUAAUAUAUAUUUUUUGUGAUAAUAAAAAGCCAUUAAAAAAUAAAAGGUACUUAACGUUUUGUGUACUUUUUUUAUAUUUUGUGUACAAGGUCAAGUUUGUUUUUUUUUUUUAACUUUUUCUUCAAUAUAUUUUGUUUUUUAGAUUAGUUGAUAUUUGUUUUAAAGUAUGAAUGUAUUAGUGGUUAUAAAUAACACUAGUUAUUGUUUAGUAAUUGCUUCUGUCGAAAUAGUUCGAAUGUUAAAUCAUCUGUAUUGUUAAUGCUUU